UCUUCCCACUUGGAAAAAGGCUUCUGAUCUGUGACCUCCGCAAGAGGAGAACUGAGAUUCUGAGAUUCUCCUCCCGUAAAACUUACAUCGAUCAUUACCAGAAGGGGCAUAUCCAAAGAGGCUUUACUGUUUUGUAUUCUGAAAUCAAACGAGCGACAGCACAACUUCAUUUCCACAGCCUCAUUCAUGUUCUGCUGAACCAGAGAGAGAAAGAGAGUCAAAAUGAAGAUAAGGCUGACUCUGGCAGCGGCUGCCUUCCUUGCAGUGCUACUAUCCUCCGUCGAGGCCCAAGUUGAACCACCUUCAGACUUGAGAUUUAAGAUUUUAAAUGAGAACACAGUGCAAAUGACAUGGAAAGCGCCGUUAACACGGAUAGAAGGAUUCAGGAUACAGGUGGCCUCAGACACAGACAAACCAACAAAAGAUUUAACCCUCCCUGCCACAGCCACUAAGACAUCCAUUACAGACCUUACUCCAGACAUCGACUAUGUAGUAACAAUCAUCUCAUACUCUGGCUCAGAGGAAAGUUUGCCCACCUCAGGACAACUCACAAUCCAAUCAAGUGGCACAGCGCAAGGAGGUCCCAGGAAACCACAGGUCACAGACUCUGUCAAGUGUUCUUACAGUGCUAUCGCAGAUCUGGUGUUCCUGGUUGAUGGUUCAUGGAACGUUGGAAGAGACUUUAAAUACAUCCGUAGCUUCAUCUCUGCCAUGGCGGGAGCCUUUGAGAUUGGGGAGGACAAGACCAGGGUAGGUGUGGUCCAGUACCAUACUGAUACCAGGACAGAGUUUAACCUCAACCAGCACAUGAAACGGGGCGAACUUCUCAGAGCCAUCAACACACUACCUUACAUGGGUGGCAACACCAUGACAGGCGAGGCCAUGGACUAUCUGCUGAAAAACACAUUCACUGAGGCAAAUGGUGCCAGGAAAGGCUUUCCCAAGGUGGCCAUGAUUAUCACAGAUGGGAAGUCUCAAGACCCUGUGGAGGCGAUCGCCAAGAAACUCAAGAACAUGGGGGUGGAGAUCUUCACGUUGGGGAUCAAAGGAGCAGAUGAUGAGGAGCUGAAACAAAUGGCUUCGACCCCCUACAGGACGCACGUCUAUAAAGUCUUCAACUUUGACCUUAUCAAGGAUGUGCAGAAAGAGCUCAUUACCAAUGUGUGCUCGGGGGUGGACGAUCAACUCAACUCACUCGUCAGCGGAGAGGAAGUUAUUGAACCAGCAUCAAACCUCCAAGUUGUGGAGGUGGCCUCCAAGUCUAUGAGGGUGACAUGGGACUCUUCCUUUGGAGAUGUGUCGGGUUACAAGAUCCAGCUGAUCCCCAUGAUGGCCGGCAGCAAGCGCCAGGAGCUGUACGUAAGCCCCGGCCAGACCUCAGCAACAGUUACGGGCCUGUCUCCAGACACAGAGUACCAGAUCAGCCUGUUCGCCCUCAAGGGCCUCACGCCCAGCGAGCCCAUCGUGGCCAUGGAGAAGACUGAGCCAGUCAAGGUGUCCCUUGAAUGUUCUCUUGGAGUGGACGUGCAAGCCGACGUUGUCAUUCUGGUCGACGGCUCAUACAGUAUCGGACUGUCCAACUUCGCUAAAGUCAGAUCUUUCCUGGAGGUGCUGGUGAACUCCUUUGACAUCGGACCAGACAAGAUUCAGAUCAGCUUGGUUCAGUACAGCAGGGACGCUCACACUGAGUUCUACCUGAACACCCACCGCGAUCUGAGCGCUGUGGUCAAGGCCGUCCGGACUUUCCCCUACCGUGGCGGCUCCACCAACACCGGCCGGGCCAUGACUUACGUCAGGGAGAAGGUCUUCUUGGCCAACCGAGGAUCACGGCCGAACGUGCCCCGCGUCACCAUCCUCAUCACUGAUGGGAAGUCAUCCGACUCCUUCAAGGACCCUGCCACCAAGCUAAAGAAAGCGGAUGUGGAGAUCUUUGCCGUGGGUGUGAAAGAUGCCGUGAGAUCUGAGCUGGAAGCCAUUGCUAACGAGCCCGUGGAGACCCAUGUGUACACAGUGGAAGACUUUGAUGCUUUCCAGAGGAUCUCCAAGGAGCUCACCCAGUCCAUCUGCCUGAGGAUCGAGCAGGAGCUCCUCAACAUCAAGAAGAGAAGCUUACUGCCACCGAGGUCAUUAACGUUCUCUGAGGUGGCCACCAGGAGCUUCAGAGCUACCUGGGAGACCGAUGUCUUCAACGUCCUGUCCUACCUGAUCCAGUUCAGACCGGCUGCUGACACCAACGGGGACUUUGUGUCCAUGUCCGUGCCCGGGGACACGCUCACCGCUCUGCUGCCUCACCUCACGCCCGUCACCCUCUACGAGGUCAACGUCUUUGCCCAGUACACCCAAGGAGACAGCUUCCCUCUGAAUGGAUUUGAGACCACACUAGAUGAACAAGGAACAGUGAGUAACCUGAGGGUGUCCGAGGAAACAACAGAUAGUUUCCUGGUGUCGUGGGCGCCGGCACCAGGAGCGGUGGUACGGUACCGUCUGACCUAUGUACCAGUAAGGGGCGACAGCGCGAGACUAGAGACAGUCACUGUCGGCCAAGAGACCACCAUCGUGCUGCCGGAGCUCAACCCCUUAACGACGUACCGUGUGACGGUGGCUGCAGAGUACCAGUUAGGCACUGGCGGAGAGAUGCAGAUCGAUGGCACCACCAAAGAAGGGCAGGGAUCUCCACGGGACCUGCGGGUCUUCGACGAGACUAUGUCCACCAUGAAGCUGUCGUGGGCGGCGGCACCGGGCCGCGUCCUCCAGUACCGUAUCAAUUUCCAUCCAUCGGCGGGUGGCGAGAGGAAGGAGGUGUCAGUGAAGGGAGAGAACACCAACGUCCUCCUGAAGAACCUGCAGCCUGGCACUGAGUACGACCUGGCCGUCAGCGCACGCUACUCCUCUGGCCUAGGAGACCCUCUGAAGGGGAAAGGAACCACACUGGAAGAACUGGGCUCCCCCAGGGACCUUGUCACCAGCGACGUGACGGACACCAGCUUCGCUGCGUCUUGGACGGCUGCCCUUGGGAACGUGAAGAUGUACAGCAUCCGCUGGAAGUCCAUGUACAGUGACGAGUCAGGGGAGAAGAUGGUCCCUGGAGACGUCACCAACACCGUGCUGGAGGGCCUUACCCCUGAGACCCUCUACCAGGUGUCUGUCCUGGCCUCCUAUGGCAGAGGAGAUGGAAGCCCGCUGACUGGACAGGAGACCACUGAUGUGUCUGCUGCUGCUGAGGCACUUACUGUGUCCGACGAGACUGAACGAAGCAUGAAGGUAAAGUGGAUGGCCGCGCCGGGUAAAGUCAUCAACUACCGAGUGACCUACACGCCCACCGCUGGGGGCAAAGAGAUGGUCGCUAGGGUUCCCGGCGCCUCCACCUCCACCGUGCUGAAGCGCCUGACGCCCAUGACCACCUAUGGCAUCAAGGUGCACCCCAUUUACAAGCGGGGAGAAGGAAAAGCAAGGCAAGGAGUAGGAACGACACUGUCACCUUACAAAGCUCCCAGAAACCUACAGACCUCAGAGCCCGGCAAGAACAGUUUCAGAGUCUCCUGGGACCCAGCUCCAGGAGAUGUUCGUGGCUACAAGGUCACCUUCCACCCCAGUGGCAAUGAUAUCGACCUGGGAGAGCUGCUGGUUGGGCCCUAUGACAACACUGUGGUGCUUGAGGAGCUCAGGGCCGGAACAAAGUACUCUGUGACUGUGUUUGGAAUGUUUGAUGGAGGCCACUCUGCAGCACUGGCUGGAGAGGAGAAGACUACCCUCUCCGACGCCCCCGAUGUGCCAUUGGAAUCUUGGAACGAGGCCAAGUGUAAGAGCCAGGCCAAGGCUGACAUCAUCCUGCUGGUCGAUGGCUCAUGGAGUAUUGGCCGUCUCAACUUCAAAACCAUCCGAGCCUUCAUCGCUCGCAUUGUUGGUGUAUUUGACAUCAGCCCUGAGAGAGUCAUGAUCGGUAUGGUUCAGUACAGUGGAGACCCCAAGACUGAGUGGCAUCUGAAUGCCCACCCAACCCGUGACGGGCUGCUCAAAGCUGUGGCUGACCUGCCCUACAAAGGGGGAAACACCAUGACAGGUAUGGCCUUGAACUACAUCCUCCAGAACAACUUCAAGCCCAACGUGGGACUGCGUAAAGACGCACGCAAGAUCGGUGUGCUCAUCACUGACGGCAAGUCGCAGGAUGAGAUUAUCACCAACUCCCAGGUGCUGAGGGACGAAAACAUUGAGCUCUACGCCAUCGGUGUGAAGAACGCUGAUGAGAAUGAGUUGAGGUCCAUUGCCUCAGACCCAGAUGAGAUUCACAUGUACAAUGUGAAUGACUUCUCCUUUCUGCUGGAUAUAGUGGAUGAGCUCACCAUCAACCUCUGUAACAGUGUGAAGGGUCCAGGAGGAGGCUUGGAGCCGCCUACUAACCUAGUGACUUCUGAGGUGACCCACCACUCGUUCCGUGCCACCUGGACAGGGCCCGAAGGUCCAGUGGAAAAGUAUCGCAUCGAAUACAUGUCCGUGGCGGGAGGAAUCACUGAACAGAUAAUUGUCGAUGGGACGGUCACCACUGUGGUCCUGACCAAGCUGACACCUCUGACCGAGUACGUGGUCAACGUUUUCUCCGUGACUGGAGAAGAGACCAGCGCAGAGCCACUGAAGGGCACUGAAACCACCUUACCCUUGCCACUAUCGGGUAAGCUGCAUAUCACUGCUGUCACCCAUAGCACCAUGAAGCUCAGAUGGGACGCCUCCCCGGGGAAAGUCCUCAAGUACAUCAUCACCUACAAGCCAGAGGACGGAGAGCUCAAAGAGGUUGAAGUCAGUGGAGUUAUAACAUCCCUGCCUCUUGCCAACCUCAUCUCUCAAUCUGAGUACGAUGUUGCUGUCACCCCAGUUUACGACGCAGGUGUUGGAAACCCAAUGCUUGGACAAGCCAUUACAGAUGUUGUUCCUGCCCCGCAGAACCUGAAGUUGUCCGAGGUGACCCAGACCUCGUUCAGGGCCACAUGGGAACACGGGGCCCCUGACGUGGCCCUCUACCGAAUCGGCUGGACCAAGAAGGGAGAGAACAACUUCCAAUAUGCUAUCCUGAACAGUGAUGAAACGUCCCAUUAUCUGGAGAACCUGGACCCGGACACCCUGUAUGAUGUCACCGUCACGGCCAUCUACCCAGACGAGUCAGAGAGCGAGGACCUGAUUGGCAGCCAGCGCACAUUGUUAAAGAUGACUACAGCUGCUCCCACUGGACCUCCGCAGAACCUGCAGGUGUUCAAUGCGACCACGGUCACUCUGACAGUGAAGUGGGACCACGCCCCAGGCCCCGUUCAGAACUACAAGAUCUCUUUCCAACCUGUGGCUGGAGGCAAAGCUCUCUCGACCCAGGUGGGAGGGAAGAAGAACAGUGUAAUCCUCCAGAAGCUGACGCCUGACACUCCCUACUCUGUUACCGUGGCAGCUAUCUACCCCAGCGGAGAGGCCAAAGACAUCUCAGGUCAAGGAAAGACCAAGCCUCUUGGUGGAGUGAAGAACCUGCAGGUGACCAACCCCACCAUGACCACCCUGAACGUGAAAUGGCAGGCGGCCGAGGGGAAAGUGAAAGAAUACAAAGUCAUCUAUGUACCUGCUGCCGGUGGAGCUGAGAGCAUGGAGACUGUAGCUGCCACUACCACCACCACUGUUCUGAAAGGCCUCCUUCCAGACACCCUCUACACUGUCUCACUGGUGCCGGUCUACGAAGUGGGAGAUGGACAGAAACAGUCUGAAAAUGGAAAGACAAAGUCUCUUGGUGGAGUGAAGAACCUGCAGGUGACCAACCCCACCAUGGUCACAUUGAACGUGAAAUGGGAGGCGGCCGAGGGGAAAGUCAAAGAGUACAAAGUCAUCUAUGUACCUGCUGCCGGUGGAGCUGAGAGCAUGGAGACUGUGGCUGGGACCAACACAGUCCUGAAGGGCCUCACACCCGACACCAUCUACACCGUUUCAGUGGUGCCUGUCUACGACGUGGGAGACGGCAAGAAAAUGUCUGAGAACGGAAAGACAAGGCCUCUUGGUGGAGUGAAGAACCUGCAGGUGAUCAACCCCACCAUGACCACCCUGAACGUGCGCUGGGAGCCAUUCGAAGGGAAAGUCAAGGAGUACAAAGUCUUCUAUGUACCUGCUGCCGGUGGAGCUGCUGAGGCCAUGGAAACUGUGGCUGCCACUGCCACCGGCACUGUCUUGAGAGGCCUCCUGCCAGACACUCUCUACACUGUCUCACUGGUGCCUGUCUUCGCAGAGACAGAGGGCAGGAGGCAGUCUGAGAACGGAAAGACGAGACCGUUGGGUGGAGUGAAGAACCUGAAGGUGACUGAACCCACCAUGACCUCUCUGAAGGUGGACUGGGACCCAGCGGACGGAGCCGUGCGUCAGUACAAGAUCUUCUUCGUCCCUGUGGCUGGAGGAACACCAGAGGAAAUGGAGCAAGUACCUGGAAGCACCACCACCAUCGUUCUGAGGAACCUCAAGCCUGACACACCUUACACAAUAUCAGUGUUACCUAUCUACCCCGCCAGAGAGGGGAAACGCCAGGCUGAGAAUGGAAAGACGCUGCCUUUGGGUGGAGUGACCAAUCUGCAGGUCACCAACCCUACCCACACCACCCUCACCGCCAGCUGGGACGCAGCCGACGGCAAUGUGCAGGGCUAUAAAGUCAUCUACACUCCCGUCGCAGGUGGCCUUGAGAUCAUUGAGCAAGUCUCAGAGAGCACAACCACCACAAUUCUGAAGAGCCUCUCACCUAACACACAGUACACAGUCACUGUUCUGCCAGUGUACCCCGAGGGGGAUGGGCAGACCCAGGCCAAAGAUGGAACAACAAAGCCCCUGGGCUUCGUGAAGAACCUGCAGGUCAUUGAACCCACCACCAGCACCCUGAAAGUGCGCUGGGAUGCAGCUGAGGGGAACGUGCGCGAGUACAUCAUUGUCUACAUCCCAACUGCAGGCGGAGAGCAGGACGUGGACCAGGUGUCUGGAACAACGACCACCACUGUUCUGAAGGAACUCAAUCCAGAUACGGAAUACACUGUGACAGUGGUGCCUGUCUACCAUGAGAUGGAGGGUCUCUCUAGGUCUCAGAAUGGAAAGACAAAUCCUUUGGGUGGAGUGAAGAACAUGAAGGUCAUCGACCCCACCAUCAACAGUCUGUCUGUUCGCUGGGACCCAGCUGUCGGUAACGUGCGCAACUACAAGGUCUUCUACGUGGCCCAGCCAGAUGGGAGGGAGCAAAUGGAACAAGUCUCAGGGGGCACCACCAACCUUAUCCUGCGUAACCUGGAGUCUGAUACCCAAUACAACGUGUCUGUUGUCCCAGUCUACCCAGACGUGGAGGGCAUACUGCAGUCUGAGAUGGGAAAGACAAAGCCUCUGGGUGGAGUGAAGAACCUGCAGGUGACUGACCCCACAACCAACUCCCUGAGGGUACGCUGGGAGCCAGCUGAGGGGGACGUGCGCCAGUACACUGUCAUCUACGCCCCGCUAGCAGGAGGACCUGAACUGAAGACUACGGUUUCUGGGAUGUCAACCAAUACCGUUCUGAGGAACCUUGUGCCAGACACAGAGUACAAGGUGACAUUGGUGCCUAUGUACGGCGAUAUUGAAGGGAAGAGAAAUUCUGAAAAUGGAAAGACAAAGGCGUUUGGUGGGGUGAAGAACCUGCAGGUCACCGACCCCUCUACUAGCUCCCUCAAGGUGCGCUGGGAGCCAGCAGAAGGCAACGUGCGCCAGUACCGCCUCUUCUACGUCCCUGCCUCUGGCGGAGCCGAGGACAUGGAGCAAGUGUCUGGUGGCACCACCAACACCAUCCUGAGGAACCUUCUCUCAGACACGCUGUACACUGUCACCGUGGUCCCUGUCUACCCCGAGGGAGAGGGCCUGCGCCAGUCAGAGACUGGAAAGACGCUUCCACGAACCCCUCCUAAGAACAUCCAGAUCUACAACCCCACUACCACCAGCCUGAAUGUGCGCUGGGAGCCCGCUUCUGGCCAGGUGCAGCAGUACCGCAUCGUCUACGCACCUCUGUCUGGAGACAGGCCCGCUGAGACAGUCCUGGUCCCGGGAAACAUCAACAACGCGUUCCUGGACUCGCUCAUUCCCGACACGCCGUACUCCAUCAGUGUCCUGGCUCUGUAUGCCGAUGGGGAGGGCUCACCAGUGAAGGGAGACGGCAAAACAUUGCCCCGUGUUGGACCUAGGAACCUGCGGGUGUUUGAUGCCACCACCAACACGCUGACCAUCGUUUGGGACCACGCGGAGGGCCCAGUGCAGCAAUACAAGAUCGCCUACGCCCCCACCACAGGAGACCCCAUCACUGAGUUUACGGUUGUUCCUGGCAACAGAAACAAUGCCAUCCUGCAGAACCUACUUCCUGACACUCCCUACAGCAUCACUGUUGAAGCCAUCUAUGCUGAUGGAUCAGGGCCAUCUCUGAUCGGGCCCGGACGCACAGUCGGCCUGCUGGAGCCCUUGAGCCUGCGCGUCUCAGACGAGUGGUACACCCGCUUCCGUGUGGCCUGGGACCCCUCGCCGUCUCCAGUGCUCGGAUACAAGCUGGUCUACACUCCUGCGGAAGAAGAUCAGAGUAAGAGCUUGGACGUAUUUGUGGGUGACGUGACCUCAUACACCCUCCAGAACCUGCUCCCUGGCACCACCUACGAUGUCAAAGUGUUUGCCCAGUAUGGGGCUGGCAUGAGUGGGGCCCUCGAAGGACAGGGAACAACACUCUACCUGAACGUUACCAACAUCGAGACCUACAACGUUGGCUUUGACAAGUUCUGCAUCAAGUGGAGUCCUCACAGGGCUGCCACUUCCUACAGGAUCAAGCUCAACCCUCUGGACCCCUCCAGUAAAGGUCAGCAGGAGAUCACCAUCACUGCAGCUCAGAGCCAGUACUGCUUCGAGGGUCUCUCCCCAGACGCUCUCUACAGCGCCACCGUGUUCGUUCAGACCCCCAACUUGGAGGGCCCCGGAGUCGGCACCAAGGAGAGAACCUUGGUCAAGCCUACUGAAGCGCCAACACAACCCCCCACUCCUCCACCACCUCCUACCAUCCCCCCUGCAUGGGCAGUGUGCAAAGGUGCCAAGGCAGAUGUGGUGUUCCUUAUCGACGGCUCAUGGAGUAUCGGGGAAGAAAGCUUCCGGAAAGUGGUGCAGUUCGUCUUCAGCAUGAUUGGAGCCUUCGACGUCAUCGGCUCGACAGGAAUGCAGGUGUCGUUUGUUCAGUACAGCGACGAAGCAAAGACCGAGUUCAGGCUGAACUCUUACUCGGACAAGGGCAGCGGUCUCGCUGCUCUACAACUCAUUCAGUACAGAGGAGGAAACACUAAGACUGGUGUUGCUCUGAAGCAUGUCAAGGAGAAGGUAUUUACGUCCGAAAAUGGAAUGAGGAGGAAUGUCCCCAAGGUUGUGGUAGCUGUCACAGACGGUCGUUCUCAGGAUGAGGUGAAGAAAAACGCUGCCGCACUGCAGCAUGCUGGUUACAGUGUGUUUGUGGUUGGUGUUGCCGAUGUGGAUUAUGCUGAGCUGCAGAACAUUGGCAGCAAGCCAAGCGACAGACACAUCUUUGUUGUGGACGACUUCGACGCCUUUGCAACUAUCCAAGAUAACCUUGUGACCUUCAUUUGCGAAACCGCAACAUCAUCUUGUCCCCUGAUCUACCUAAAUGGAUUCACAUCACCUGGCUUCAGGAUGCUGGAGGCGUUCAACCUGACAGAGAAGACCUAUGGCUAUAUCAAGGGAGUGUCUAUGGAACCUGGUUCCUUCAACAGCUACACAGCCUACAGACUCCAUAAGAACUCCUUCCUGACCCAGCCCACCACAGAGAUUCACCCUGACGGACUACCUCACUCCUACACCAUCAUCAUGAUGUUCCGUCUCCUCCCGGACACACCCACUGAGGCCUUCGACAUCUGGCAGGUGUCCACCAAGGACGACAAGCCUGAAGUCGGGGUCACCAUCGAUCCUUCUAGCCAAACUAUAUCGUAUUAUAACAAGGAUACGAGGGGGGAGAUCCAGAGGGUCACUUUCGACAAUGAUCAAGUGAAGAGAAUCUUCCAUGGAAGCUUCCACAAGCUCCACAUCCUUGUUUCCCCCACCAAUGUCAAGCUGAACCUCGACUGCCAAGAGGUGGCGGACAAGGAGAUUAAGGAAGCUGGAAACACGUCCACGGACGGCUAUCAAGUCCUAGGCAAAAUGUCCAAGUCCAUUGGUUCCAAGGGGAAAAGUGCAACUUUCCAGCUCCAGAUGUUCGAUAUUGUGUGCACCCUGGGCUGGACGAGCAGAGACAGAUGCUGUGACCUUCCAUCUAUGAGAGAGGAGUCCAAGUGCCCGUCCCUCCCCAAAUCCUGCACAUGCACCUCAGAGAGCACAGGACUCCAGGGACCACAGGGGGCAGUGGGCGCACCUGGGAGCAAAGGUCCCCGGGGGGAAAGAGGGGAGACUGGUCCGGCUGGUCCAAUUGGACCGCGUGGAGAUACAGGCUUGCCAGGACCUAUGGGUCUCCCCGGCCCUCAAGGACGCAGUGGGCUGUCUAUUCCAGGAGAAGCUGGCCGACAAGGACCAAAAGGAGAAGCUGGUGAUUCUGGGCUACCUGGACAGAAAGGUCCACCUGGGGUAGCUGGGACCAUCGGCCCAAUUGGACCUGCUGGACCUAGGGGACCCCAAGGAAAGGAGGGGCAGGCCGGAUCCAGAGGCCCAACAGGACCAAUGGGACCUCCCGGAUCUCCUGGAAUGCCUGGUGCUUCAGGAAAACCAGGAAAGUCUGGUGACAGAGGUGUUUCGGGAGCCAAUGGUAUGAAAGGGGACAGAGGAGAGAGAGGUGACUUUGCUCCUCAGAACAUGAUGCGAUCCAUAGCCAGACAAGUGUGCGAGCAGAUAGUUAGCGGACAAAUGAGUCGAGUCAAUUCAAUGCUGAACCAGAUUCCCAGCGGUUACCGUAGCAGCAACAACCCAGGUCCCCCCGGAUCCCCAGGGCCCAGCGGUAACCAGGGUCCCCGUGGAGAGCCCGGACAGACAGGCAGGAACGGAUUCCCAGGAAGUCCUGGACAACCUGGCCCACAAGGAGAGAGAGGCCCGGCAGGAGAGAAAGGUGAUCAAGGAACACCAGGAGUCGGACAGAGAGGACAAAGAGGACCACCUGGCCCAGCAGGCGAGACACGGACCGGCCCUCCAGGCCCUGCAGGCUCCACCGGGCCUCGCGGUCCUCCUGGGCGCCAAGGGUUCGCAGGUAUUAGGGGCCAACCUGGCACUCCUGGCUACUGUGACUCUUCCCAGUGUGUCGGCAUUCCUUACAAUGGACAAGGAUACCGAGAGCCAUAUUCACCUGAGCCUGAAACCUACGUAGUCCCAACACCUGAAGAAGAAGAUGACUCACAAAACGUGCGUUGAGAGAGGUCACUAUCAAGAAAGGAAUCCAAAAGGAUAGCGUCAUAAAAUAGGUUCUUUUUUGUUCUUCUUGUGUUUGUUUUUGUUUUGUUCACAUAUGGUGUCAUUAAGGGCUAUGCACAUUUCACUAAAAAGAGGUUUGAUACCUCAUCUAUUUUUGGAAGUACCUUAAAUCAUAUGUGAAUUUAGAAACAAAAACAAAAUCCUAUACAUUUUUCCAUGACAAUCUGUGAGCUUGCUGUUUUUUCCUAUUGUAUCUUUUGCUUGUAACAUAUCUGCAUGAAGUGUUCAUCGAAUUGCAGUGUUGGACAAUGAAAAUGUUUGUUCACACAGUGUUGGGCAUCCAAUGAAAAACACUUCUCUUUCCAAUCACGGUUCAUUCAAAAUGUCUGAUUAUCAAAUUAUGUUUUAUUCCUAUUUUAUACUUUUGCUCUCUUUUUCACUUGAAAGAUGGCCAUCUGUUCACCAUCUACCUAAAGUUUUCAUCUUCAGUACUGCAGUUUAACAUGGCUUCCAUUUUGUAUCUUUAGACUAAAUGUUUAUCAGUUUUCUUAUAUCAAAUCACAGCUGAUUUUACCAAAGGUUGCAUGUCUGUGGUGUAUAUUUAGUAUGUUUUUUAAUCAGAAUAUAGUUGUUAUCAUUGUUGUUUUAUUAAUAUCGAAUGCAGUUGGAAUUUGUGUGCAAGACUAUGAAUAUGGUAUUGCUGCUUCAUGUUUUAACUUCAAAUUGUGAAUUCCACAGCCUUAUUUUCUUAUUUAUUUCUGAAACAGAAGAGGCAUUUUUCAAUAAAACUACUGAAAAUGUG